UCAGUGCCCAGGCUGUACUGCAGCUCCCUCGGGGACAGCCCUUGAGGAGUGGCUGUGGCCCGGAUGGCCCACCACCCCUGGCUGGAGCCCAGUAAGCAGGCACUUUGCUCUUUGCUGGUGGGUUUCUGUUGUUUCAGGACGAGUUGCUUGGGGACAAGAGAGCUGGUCGUGGCUGGAAGGGGAAGAGGUGCAUGCAGGCUGGGGUCCCCACCUGCCAGGCUGGGCUCACCUUUCCUUCUAGAACGUGACUGGAUGGCCGCUGUAACCAUCCAGGGAUGGUGCCCUGACCAUUUGCCCGCUUCCUCUGUGACCCCAGCCUUGCUUUUCUGGGCGUGCCCAAGGGGGGUGCAGGGAGGGUCCCCGGGCCUGGGGAGGAUGCUGCGGCAGGAGGAAGGGAAGGGGUUACCAGCCAGCCUCCCACUGGGCCUGCAGCCUCCCUUCUGGAGGGCUUUUAAAAACUGGCCGAUUACCUUGUAAUUGUUCCCAGCAGUGAGGAGCGAGUCCAGUGUUUGUUUUGCCUUCUGUGCUUUCCCGGCCAGCGGUAACCAAGGGCCGCUUCCCCUUGGUGACGGGGGAGCUCACUCGGGCCAGGGCCGAUCCAGCCCCGGUGAGGGAGGCCUGGGGACCCGCAGGGCCCGGCCACUGGCACGGAGGGCACCCCUGCUCCCGGGGCUCCAGGGGGCCGCCUGCACUGUGCGUCUAUCUCCUCUGGCCCGAGGACCAGGGCUUCUCUCCCGGGGCACUCACUCCCUGGGCACUGGCCCCAAACGCUCCGGCAGAUCCAUCCUCUGGCAGUCCCCAACGCUCCACGCCAUGCAGGGGCCGCCUGGCGAGCUCCCUUAGGAGUGCUGUCCGGCCUGAUUGGAACCGUGGAGAAGAGGCCCCGCGAUUGAUGAGUUUGCCCUGGACAUUGGUGAACAGGUGAAACGGGAGGCCAACAUGGGACAGAAGGUCACUGGAGGAAUCAAGACCGUGGACAUGAGGGACCCCACAUACCGGCCCUUGAAGCAGGAGCUCCAGGGUCUGGACUACUGCAAGCCCACCCGCCUGGACCUGCUGCUGGACAUGCCGCCCGUGUCCUACGACGUCCAGCUGCUCCACUCCUGGAACAACAACGACCGCUCGCUCAACGUCUUCGUGAAGGAGGACGACAAGCUCAUCUUUCACCGGCAUCCGGUGGCCCAGAGCACGGACGCCAUCCGGGGCAAAGUCGGGUACACGCGUGGGCUGCACGUGUGGCAGAUCACGUGGGCCAUGAGGCAGCGGGGCACCCACGCCGUGGUGGGGGUGGCGACGGCAGAUGCCCCCCUGCACUCUGUUGGGUACACGACACUCGUGGGGAACAACCACGAGUCCUGGGGCUGGGACUUGGGGCGCAAUCGGCUCUACCAUGACGGCAAAAACCAGCCGAGCAAAACGUACCCGGCCUUUCUGGAGCCGGACGAGACCUUCAUUGUCCCUGACUCCUUCCUGGUGGCCCUGGAUAUGGACGACGGGACCCUGAGCUUCAUUGUGGAUGGACAGUACAUGGGAGUCGCUUUUCGGGGACUCAAGGGCAAAAAACUGUAUCCUGUAGUGAGUGCCGUCUGGGGCCACUGCGAGAUCCGCAUGCGCUACUUGAAUGGACUUGACCCCGAGCCCCUGCCGCUGAUGGAUCUCUGCCGCCGCUCAGUGCGCCGGGCCCUGGGGAAGGAGCGCCUGGGUGAGAUCCACACGCUACCGCUGCCCGCCUCUCUCAAGGCCUACCUCCUGUACCAGUGAUGCUCCACCCGGGACCGCCAGCACGACAGCCCCCUGGUGCCAACUUAUUGAGCCACCACCACACCCCCUGCCUUGGCCCAGCGUCUGCUCUUCCUCUUCAUCCUCCCCGGCUGCCCCACUGGACCCAGACAGCUCUGGACUCGGGCCCCUCUGUCCAAGUCCGGACACGGGCAGGAGUUCCCCGCGUGCCGUCUCACUGUCCCUCCUUGGAAAAGACACAGAGAACAAACUCCGACGCCAAGCUCCCAUCUGCUCUCGGGGUGGCCUGGGCUGUUCCCCCACCUGCUGGGUCCCUCGGUGGCGGGGCUGGCGGGAGGUGUCCUGGUGCCCAGAGCGGAUCCCCAGGGUGCUAGAGGUGCUUAGAUGAGGGCCGGUGCCUGCCUUGCGGGGCCCAGCCACGGUGGACGAAGCUCAGGACGUCAGCACCUCACUGCAGCCACCGAGGCAGAAACCGAAAUGGGACCUUCCGCAGGCACGUGAGCACGCAGCAUCAGUUCCUGGCUGCGGGUGCCCCCGUAUCCUGUAUUUAUUCUUUUACCAAUAACAAAAAAGCCAUUUAUUUAUUCCAUUUAGAAAGGACACCUGGUGUGGGUCACCCUCUCUCUGGAGUGAUCUGUCGCUUCUCUUCCACCUGCCCCUCCCCAGGACGGGUGUGCCGUACCUGUCCUUUUCGCUGGCUCAUGACUGUGGUGUGUUCCCACGUGGACACAAGGGUGUCUGUUUUCAUCCCUUGACCUACAGUUUCCAGGGGGCUCUGCUCCGAAGUCCCAGGGGGCCCCCUCAGGGAGCAUCAGCCUCAUGUGCAAUAUGAGCAUCUGGGGGGCCCGUCUACACCGGAGGCGGCAGCUCCCCGGGUCUCUCCAGGCGGCCGCUUACCGCUCGGGCUUACGCAUCUCUGCACGUGCCUUUCUCCCUGCACGUCGUCCGUGGGCGUCUGGGUGGGGGUGGGCUUUUGCUUUCCUACCUGAGAUUUGCCACGUGCUUUCUCAGAAGCCCUGGCUUCCCGGGGGACAAACCACGACAGGAGCAUGGGUGGGUCCCCAUCCCCUGAGAGGCCAGGGGCCGGGCAGGCUGAGGGAGACCGGAGCGAGGUCACGUGUCCUAAAAGCCAGUGUGCGUCUCUGCUUGGGGCCCCAUCCGGGCUCUGGGCCCUAGUAGCGCGGCCCCAGGUCUUGAUGGUGCCCCAGAGCCACAGGGGCAGGGUGGGGUGGGGUGGGCAGCCAGCAGGAGAGGGACACCCCCUCCGUUGCACAAGCCCCCCACGUAGCAGACCCCAGCACCUGCCACCACAGCCACCAUUUCUUCUGUCUCCAAGUCAGCUCCCCGAGAACCUGCCUUCUGUUCAUUUCUGUACAGGUACAAUAGAUGACUUUAUUUGUUUAAAAUGUUUAAUAUAUAUGCAUAUAUAUUUGUCUGUAAGAAUUAUGUUUUAAACAGCUGCUGUUGGGUAUCUUUUUUAAAAAAAAAAAUCGUCUUCCAGUGGAGUAUAUUUUUUAAAGCACAAAAUUGGUGCCAAGACUGGAUGAGGAGUGUAAAUUACCCCCUUAUUAUAUUUGGAGGGUUUUUUUUUAAUUUUUUCCCCAGGGAGUGGGGGGAAGCUAACCUGUAAAACUUGGAAAGAUUUUCCUCACUCCUCUUUCAGGGUGGGUCAGGUUCUGAUGAAUGUUGCACAUGAAAGGGUCUCAUUUAGACGGAUCCCAGCCUUAGCGCCUUGACCCAGCCGUCUUCCGCAGACGCUGGACAGAUCACUGGGCUCCUGGUCAUUUCGCUGCACCUCAGCCCCCCAGCUCCCCGAACCUCUGCCCCACCCUUCUUUCCCCGCAGCCCAGAACCUUGUGGCCUGUACAGUUUUGAAAUUCCUAAUCUAUUUUAUGAUGGUUGAUAAUAGUCAGUAACCGAAUAAAGGAAAGUUGAUUAAAAUACAAAAAA